GUGAAACCCUUACACCCUCCUCCCCCGUGCGCCAAUCUGAGCUAUCGUGGCCUCUCCCCUGUUAAUGACAACUGAGGAAGCAGCUGAAACACUGAACCAGCUUAGACAAGGUGCAGUGAAGUCUGAAACUGAUAUGAUUAGUCGAUACUUGAAUGAUAACAAUAUCUCGGCAAAGAGUUAUCAUGGUGGCAUGAGUUCAAAGGAACGCAACUAUGUCCAAGAGUUGUUUACCUCCAACAAGAUUAGAGUGCUAUGGUUGGUACUUCACAUUUAUUCAAGGGUUUGUUUACCUUUUCGUGAUUUACCUUCAAGGCUUCACAAGCAAGCAAAUGGUGAAUCCAUGGAAAACUUAUGUGAAGCUUUUAGCUGUUCUUAUGGGUUCUCAUGGCCUAACGAAGGGGUCUCGGGCUUUCCUUAACUGCCCUGCACAAAUCAUGUUCAAAUCCACAAAGGUAAAAACCAUAAAAGAGGAAUUGCAUAUAUGAGCUUGGCUGUGUAGUGCUUAAUCUCCACAGAUCCAUAGGAAGUUGCUUGAACUCCAAGCAGAGCUGGAAGGCGAGAAGUUGAAGAGGAAGGCGAUGGAGGAUGAGGC